CCACCCCGCUUUCCCAGGGUGCGCCUCAUCCACGUGUGACCCCAGUGAAUGACCUCCCUCCCACACACAGGAGCGCUGGUGGAUCACAUGCUUCAUCGGGGCUAACACCGAAAAGAGGGGGUUUAAAAAAAAUAAAAAAAGAUAGCUUUGCAGCUGCUUGUUAAAACGGUUGCCGAUCGCGCCCUGCUGCACCGUCCCAGUCCCCACGAUGGCCGGAAUUAAGGAGCUGUCGCCCGACGCAGGACCCCUCGAAACCCGGGCUCCCGAAGACGAGAUCGAAGGAGACGAGGAGGACGAGGAGCUGGAGGAGACUCUGCCGGAGCGGCUCUGGGGUUUGACUGAGAUGUUUCCUGAAGGGAUGCGCUCUGCGGCCGGAGCCACGCUCCAGUGCUCCCUCUCCUUCGCCAAGACCAUGUACAGGUGAGCCGAGGAAAGGAGCGCUGUGACCAGGAUACUGC